AUGCUUAUCAAGGUGAAAACUCUUACAGGAAAAGAAAUUGAGCUAGAUAUCGAACCAAACGACAAGGUUGAGCGAAUCAAGGAAAAGGUUGAAGAGAAAGAAGGGAUUCCUCCUCCACAACAACGGUUAAUCUUUGCAGGAAAGCAAAUGAAUGAUGACAAGACUGCUACGGAUUAUAAGGUCGCUGGAGGCUCUGUUUUGCAUUUGGUGCUUGCUCUUCGUGGAGGAAUGUAG